AUGGCUGUGGUCGACCCCCAUCACCAACGAAGUCAAGCUGCGAGUCUAUCCGCAAUUCGCCCCAUCAUGAUGAACGGACCAGACUUGGGCAGCACAACGGUUAUGGAGAGGCUUAACUGCACGGGACGAAAACUGCUUAGACGGCUACUUGGCUACUUUUGGCCUCAGACAUCAACAUCUGGCACCCCAUCGAAAGUGGCUAAGGUAAAUCGUCUUCGCUUCUUCGGUCAUAUAUUAAGGAGACCGGCAGAUCGCCUUGUUCAACGAGUUCUGAGGAGUUUGUCGGGUUCGAGCUGGAAGAAGCCACCUGGCCGAAAACGGAAGUUCUGGACUGAGAUGAUGAAAGAGGACCUGAGGACACUCGGCGUGGAUAGAAUAUGGAAUAGCGACGAAUGGAUUGAUUCUGUGCAAGCUCUCGCAGAUGAUCGAGAAGGUUGGGCAGAGCUGAGUUCAAGCUGGCACACCUCGGCGAAGAUGCGGGUAAUCGCGUCAGGCGAUGACAUCAGCCCUCUGAUUAAGUGA